UCGUUAUUGGCGUUAUAGACGUUAUUGGAGUUAUUGGCGUUAUAGUCGUUAUAGACGUUAUUGGCGUUAUAGUCGUUAUUGGCGUUAUAGUCAUUAUAGGCGUUAUAGACGUUAUUGGCGUUAUAGACGUUAUUGGCUUUAUUGGCGUUAUAGACGUUAUUGGCGUUAUAGACGUUAUUGGAGUUAUAGUCGUUAUUGGCGUUAUAGUCGUUAUUGGCUUUAUCGGCGUUAUAGACGUUAUUGGCGUUAUAGUCGUUAUUGGCUUUAUUGGCGUUAUAGACGUUAUUGGAGUUAUUGGCGUUAUAGACGUUAUUGGCGUUAUAGACAUUGGCGUUAUAAACGUUAUAAACGUUAUUGGCGUUAUAGACGUUAUUGCCGUUAUAGACGUUAUAGACGUUAUAGGCGUUAUAGACGUUAUAGACGUUAUUGGCGUUAUAGUCGUUAUUGGCGUUAUAGUCGUUAUUGGCGUUAUAAACGUUAUUGCCGUUAUAGACGUUAUUGGCUUUAUUGGCGUUAUAGACGUUAUUGCCGUUAUAGUCGUUAUUGGCGUUAUAGACGUUAUUGGAGUUAUUGACGUUAUAGACGUUAUUGGCGCUAUUGGAGUUAUUGGCGUUAUAGGCAUUAUAGACGUUAUAGUCGUUAUUGUCGUUAUUGGCGUUAUAGUCGUUAUUGGCAUUAUAGUCGUUACUGGCGUUAUAGUCGUUACUGGCGUUAUAGUCGUUACUGGCGUUAUAGUCGUUAUUGGCGUUAUAGUCGUUAUUGGCGCUAUAGUCGUUAUUGGCGUUAUAGUCGUUAUUGGUGUUAUAGACGUUAUUGGCGUUAUAGACGUUAUAGACAUUAUUGGCGUUAUAGACGUUAUUGGUGUUAUAGACGUUAUUGGCGUUAUAGACGUUAUUGGCGUUUUUGACAUUAUUGGCGUUAUAGUCGUUAUUGGCGUUAUUGGAGUUAUAGUCGUUAUUGGAGUUAUAGUCGUUAUUGGCGUUAUAGACGUUAUUGGCGUUAUAGACGUUAUUGGCGUUAUAGACGUUAUUGGUGUUAUAGACGUUAUUGGUGUUAUAGACGUUAUUGGCGUUAUAGACGGUUAUUGUCGUUAUAGACGUUAUAUACGUUAUAGUCGUUAUUAG